CAGAAUGCCCGGACUGAGUUCGUCAGCCUGAACGGUACCAAACUCGCCUAUAGACGAUUUGGCAAGCGUGGUGGCAACCCUGUCCUAUACUUCAACCAUCUGCGGGCCGCUAUGGAUGUCACCGAUCCUCUGCUGUUCAACUACAUCGCCCAGUAUCGAGAGGUGAUCCUGUUCGAUAAUAUCGGCGUCGGCCACAGCGAAGGCGAAGUUUCAACCUCCGUGGAGCAGAUGGGUGACAACGCCGUGGCCCUCGUCAAUGCUUUGGACCUCGACAAGGUUGUCGCGUUCGGGUUCUCCCUCGGAGGCGGCGUGGCUCAAUACCUCUCCUGGACGUAUCCCGACCUCGUGGAAAAGGCGGUUUUCUCGGGCACACAGCCUGGAAUCGGCCCUGACGUCACCGCUGGACCACCCGAGGUUUUCACAAUUGCGUCUGAGGAGGGUGAGCCAACGGAAAAGGCCAUGUUGACACUGUUUUUCGAAACCACCGAAACCAGCCUUGCCGCGGGACGGGCCUGGUUCAAGCGAAGGACCGAUCGCCGCGUCAAGGGAGAGGAGCUCAGUGGAUCUGUCUUGGAGCCUGGCGUAUCGGCACAGCUCAAGGCGAUCUCAGACUUCACCGCCGAUCCUAGCAACUUUGGCAAGCUUAAGGAUAUUAAGGUCCCUGUUCUGGUCACCAACGGCAAGAACGACAUCAUGGCGCCCACCAUUAACAGCUUUAUCCUGCAACAGCAGUUGUCCAACGGCACUCUGCACGUCUACCCUGACUCUGGCCACGGACACUUGUUCCAGUUUCCCAAGCAGUACGCCCAGGUCCUUCAACAGUUCCUAGACGGUUAA